AUGGGGGGUGCUAUUACCAAUGAAGAACCCGAGGAGGACCCUUCCUUCAGAGAGGAGCGCUUGGAUGCCAGGCUGAGAGAGCAGGGGGUAGCAGAAGGGAAGGGUGCAGUGCCUGCAGCUGAAGAGACAGAAGGUGACAGACAGAGGAGUGGAGAAGAUGCAGAUCAGCAGGACCAAACGCCUAUGUCAAGUAACAAGCCACGAAAGAAAAAAAAGAAAAGGAAAACCAAGAAAGCUUCAGCAGGCGACUCUCUGGAAGAUAAUGACCUGGAAGACAUCGACAGCCUUUUGGAGAAGAUCGAGGACACCAACGGGCUGUCGCAGCAAACCCAGAGCGGAGUCAUUGCGGACAGCAGGCCUCUGCUCUAUGUGGAGCACAGAAACUUGAAUCCGGAGAAUGAGUUGAAGAGAUACUUUGGGGCUCGGGCUGUUCUUGGUGAUCAGAGGCCGAGGCAGCGGCAGCGCCAGUACGUCCGCAGCACGUGGCUCACGGCUCCCAAGAACACCUGGCCUCGCUACAGCAGAACAGGUAUUGCCAUGCAGCUGGUGGAGACCAGGAGGGGAGUGCAGUACUUCACGUUCGAGCACCACCGUGAGUACCAGCAAGUGCAGUUCAAGUUCCUGGACGCCGUGGAGUCCAUGGAUCCCAACAACAUUGUGCUCUUGCUGCAGAUGAACCCCUACCACGUGGACUCGCUGCUGCAGCUCAGCGACGUGUGCCGCAUGCAAGAGGACCAGGAGAUGGCCCGCGACCUCAUAGUCUUAUUCUGUCUGCGCAGAGCUUUCUACCUGGCUCUCUUCAAACACCUGAUGUUCCUGGAGAAGAGAGGCUGUCCUCGGACAGCCCUGGAGUUCUGCAAGCUGAUCCUGAGCCUGGAUCCAGAGAACGACCCGCUGUGUGUGCUGCUCUUGAUUGAUUUUCUGUCCCUUCGAGCUAGAGAAUACGGCUUCCUGACACGCAUGUUCCAGGAGUGGGAGAGUCACCGCAAUUUGUCCCAGCUCCCCAAUUUCGCCUUCUCAGUUCCGCUGGCCUAUUUCUUCCUGAGCCAGCAGGAGUGCUCAGAGCUGGAACUAAGCCAAGCCCGGGAGAAAGCAGCCCGGCUUAUCCAGCUUGCGCUGAUCAUGUUCCCAAGCGUUCUUAUGCCGCUGUUGGAUCACUGCAGUGUGCAGGCAGAUGCCAGGGUCACAUCCCAUUCCUUUUUUGGGCUGAACGCUCAGAUAAGCCAGCCUCCUGCCUUGAACCAGCUGACGUCCCUCUACGUGGGAAGGACCCACUCCCUGUGGAAGGACCCCGCUGUCAUGGCUUGGCUGGAGACCAACGUCCACGAGGUGUUGUGCAAGGUGGACGCCAGGGACCCGCUGGUGGAGGAGUGUGAGCACAAGAGGAAGAUGCGAUACCAGAGUGCACCCAGGAAUAUCUACCGGCACGUGAUCCUCUCGGAGAUGAAGGAAGCCACAGCAGCUCUGCCUCUGGAGGUGGCAUCGCAGCCGGUAAUGGGGUUUGACCCCUUACCUCCCUUGGACUCCAUCAUCUCCUACACCAGACCAGAAAGAACGAAUCAUCCAUCCAAUGAAAGCACUUUAUCUCUCUUCUUCCGAGAGCCCCCGCUCGACGACAAUCCCGACGGCGACGCGGACUGGGACUGA